CAAGAUGGUGGCACUCUUGUUGAGACAUGCUGGCCGACAUUGCCUCCAAUCCCACCUUAGUCCUCAGCUCUGUAUCAGAAAUGCUGUGCCUUUGGGAACCACAGCCAAAUAAGAGAUGGAGCGGUUCUGGAAUAAGAAUACAGGUUCAAAUCGUCCUGUAUCUCCCCAUAUCACUGUCUACAGUUGGUCUCUUCCCAUGAUGAUGCCUAUUUGCCAUCGCGGAACUGGUAUGGCCUUGAGUGGAGGGGUCUCUCUGUUUGGUGUGUCGGCACUGCUGCUCCCUGGGAACUUUGAGUCUUAUUUGGAAUUUGUGAAGUCGUUGUGUCUGGGGCCAGCACUGAUCUACACAGCUAAGUUUGCACUUGUCUUCCCGCUUAUGUAUCACACCUGGAAUGGGAUCUGUCACUUGAUGUGGGACCUAGGAAAAGGCCUGAAGACUGCCCACCUCUACCAGUCAGGGGUGGCUAUCUUGGUUCUUACUGUGUUGUCCUCUACAGGAUUGGCAGCCAUGUGAAGAGCUGAAGGUCCCA